ACGCGUAGUCGGCGAUACUCGGGGCUCUUGUCGAUGUGUGGCGAAUAGGUCAUCGCACGGAAGUCGGUUCCUUUCGUUCGGUUGGGAUAGGCUGUUCGUCCGGCGCUUCGUUCACUAGUCACUCACCAAUUCAACAUUCCAAAGGCCGGCUCCUCUUACCGCCUCUCUUCGACACUGUCCUCUGGUACUCGCUUAGCGAAUACAUAACGCCAAACGUCACCAUGUACGCUUGCACUCGAUUCAUCGCACCUCUCGCCAGGUCUACCUUGGUCUCUGGAACCAAGAACUACAUCCGGCCGUUGAGCAGUGCCGUGGUAAACCACAGCCAGACACUUCAGCAGAAUCAAGUCCAGAGCCCAGUCAGCAUCUCGCCUAUUGUGCGUAACUUCCAAACUUCCACAAUCAGUCGUGACAUUGACUCUGCUGCUAAGUUCAUUGGUGCUGGUGCAGCCACUGUUGGUGUCGCUGGAUCAGGUGCUGGAAUUGGAUCGGUGUUUGGAUCUUUAAUCAUCGGCUAUGCCAGGAAUCCGUCUCUCAAGCAGCAGCUCUUCUCGUAUGCCAUCUUGGGAUUCGCCUUGUCUGAGGCCAUGGGUCUUUUCUGCCUUAUGAUGGCUUUCCUGCUCUUGUUCGCGUUCUAAGUCACCAAUAUCGCAUAAGAAAUUGCUGAUAGUUUUAGUGCGUCACUGCCAAGACAGCGUCUCCUUGCUUCCUAUACGGGGGGCAGUAGAAGCUGUUGUUGGUACAUGGGAUGCCAUGAAAUCAUUAGAGAAGCUCACGAGUAUCUGGUUCGACGGGGUGUGCGACGGUACGACAAUGAGUGGGGUGGACAUACAACUUGGCUGUACACACGUGUUUUUGGAUAAAAUCGGACCGUCUCCCGACCCCUUCAAACCUGUUCACUGAUUUGUAAUCAUUUCAUGGUCUGCUGUUUCAUGUAGCGUAACUCACAUUGUUAUAAAGAAAAAAAAAUCAGUAUAACGAACGAAUAAAACGUUAAUGAAAGUUUAUUAAAAAAAGAAAACUAAACGACAGCCUCUUCACCUGCAUACCCGUUAUAUAUACGCACGUACGUAUGGUAUUCAACACGUUGAUAUCGUUCCAAGAGAGUAGUACUACACCUUUGAUGAUUCUCUUUUGUUACCCGGAUAUGGUUCAUUAUUGUGCCGUCGCGUGCACGUUGUUAAGGUAACUCUUGACGAAAAAAAAGGAAAAACUGUACAGUGAUAUCAAAUAAACACUUUUGUCGUGAAAUCAUUUUUUAUUGUA